AAAGAAGAAAAAGAAAGUGCUCUUUGAAAAAAAGAAAAAGAGAGGAUUAUCGAGAUUGGUGAAAAGACAUUCCUACCAAACGAAGUAAAAGCAAAAGCAGAUUGUUAAAGAAGAAAAGCUAAUUUUGCUGAGUGUGGGAGACAGAAUUUCUGGUUUGUUAGUCUUUAGUAGUGUUACAUCAAUCAGUUAUUGUUCCCAGCACCAACAAUUUCAGUGACCGAGGUGACUACUAUAGCUGCCAUUAGAAGAAGAAGAGAAAUGGCGACGCUGUCGCAGCAACACUCCCCAGCCGCCCAUUCCUGCCGCUCUCCGCCGCCCGCUAGUGCCAUCACCUCUCCCGCAAGCUCAUCCCCCAACCGUAUAUUUUCUGAUGUAGCAGGGGAUAUUACUAUUCAUGUUGAUGGAGAGUCUUUCCUUCUUCACAAGUUUCCUCUGGUAUCUCAAAGUGGGAAGAUCAGAAAAAUGGUGGCAGAAGCAAAUAAUAAUCCAUCAAACCAUAUAGAACUUGAACUGAAUCACUUACCAGGUGGGGCCGAGGCAUUCCAGCUUGCAGUAAAGUUCUGUUAUGGCAUGAACUUUGAAAUCACAACAGCAAAUGUGGCGCAUCUACGUUGCGUGGCAGAGUACUUGGAAAUGGAUGAUGAUUAUAGUGAGGAGAGCCUCGUUUCGCGUACAGAAACCUAUAUGGAUGAAGUGGUGGCUCAUAGUCUCGAGAAGUCAAUCGAAGUUUUGGCUUCUUGUGAUACAUUGCUACCUGCUGCCGAAGAGUUAGGGAUUCCAGGGAGAUGCAUUGACUCCAUUGCCAAGAUUGCUUGUCAAGAGCAACUUGUAUCUGGUCUAUCACAUUUGGAUUUUGAAGAUGACAGCGGAUCUCUGGAAUGGUGGGUUGAAGAUCUCUCCAUUCUUAGAAUUGACUCUUACCAUAGACUCAUUGUUGCUAUGGGCAAAGCUGGGGUACGGACUAGUACCAUUGUUGCAUCAUUGAUGCAUUAUGCACAUGUAUUUCUAAAAGGUAUAGGGAAACCGCACAUAUGGAACCCUGCCCGGGCAUAUCCUAUUGUGGUAGAAAACAAACAGAAACUCAUUGUCGAGAACCUCGUCACUCUAUUGCCUCAAGAGAAGGGGUCGUCAUAUUAUGUCCCAAUAAGUUUUCUAUUCGCAAUGUUGAGGAUGGCGAUCGUGGUGGAUGCCACGUUAGCAUGCAGGCUAGAGCUCGAGAGAAGGAUUGCCUGCCGGUUAGAAAUGGUUUUACUUGAUGACCUUCUCAUCCCUUCCACUCAGACAGGCGAUUCUUUGUUUGACAUCGAUAUGGUCCACCGGAUCUUGGUGCAUUUUCUGCAACGGGUCGAAGAUGAAGAGAAUGUGGACUGUGGGUAUGAAUCUGAAGCUAUCGGCUCUCCAAGCCAUGGCUCUAUAUUGAAAGUUGGACAGCUCAUUGACGCUUAUCUAGCCGAAAUCGCUCCUGACCCGUAUUUGAGUCUUGAUAAGUUCAUCGAUAUGAUAGCGGUUCUACCAGAUUAUGCUCGUGUAUUAGAUGAUGGACUCUAUCGAGCUAUAGACAUCUAUUUGAAGGCACAUCCAAAGCUAUCUGAGCAAGAAUGUAAAAAGCUAUGCAGAUUCAUAGACUGCCAAAAGCUGUCUCAAGAAGCCUGCAACCAUGCUGCACAAAACGACAGGCUCCCUGUGAAGAUGGUGGUGAAAGUUCUAUACUUUGAACAGAUCCGUUUGAGAAGUGUCGUGUCUGGGGAUUCAGGAGACGGAUUUCUGUCACAAAAAAUAAGCAGCGGUGUCACUAGUGCAGCUGUGUCUCCUCGAGACACAUAUGCUUCUCUGAGGAGAGAGAACAAGGAAUUAAAGCUUGAGAUAUCAAGAAUGAGGGUGAGACUAAGUGAUCUGGAAAAGGAACAAGUGUCCAUGAAACAAGGGAUGGUGGUUAAAUCAGGACAUGGAAAAAGUUUGUUAACCUCUAUAUCCAAAGGCAUAGGAAGGAUAGGUAUUUUUGGUGGUCCGGCUGGUGGGAAGCAACACAAGUAUGCGCGGAGAUCAAGGGCGCCAGAAGGAAAAAACUGUUAAUCACAGGUAAAAUGCUGACAGUCUGGUAUGCCUAUCUUGGGGGAGCUGUCUGAGGGAAAUAGCGCCCGACCAUGCCAUUCAUGUACUCAAAUGAAGCAAGCAAUACCCAUCCAGAGUGAAUAGGAAAAUGAGUAAUUCACUUGAGCGACUGUUUUGUUGUCUAUGAUUCUAUGAAUAGCCUAGCUCAUUUAUGCAUAGUCAGGGCAGAGUGAAGACUGAAGAGUGGAUCGGGUUGAACAGCUGACUACAUUGAAAUUUUUUUAACCAUAGAGGGAUGAAGCAGUUUGGUUUGAUAUAUAAUGAGCCUCAUAACUUAUUUUUGACUCGAACUUCUUGUAUAUAACUUUAACAUUGGGCACAUGCACGAUACAAAUUCAAGCUUAAAGUGCUGCAGUCUUAUGUGCAUGUGGGAAACUUGGUGAGACUUGUACUUUGUACAUGUUGUAUGAUGGUGUAUGUGAAUAUUGGUGCGUCGAUCAACAUUGAGGCAGUAGGAUUCCAAACACAUCUUGUUUGGGUCUGAUUGUUUGCAAG